AUGAGAAAAAAUACGGAAUCAAGCACGUCUGAUGAUGGCUUGGAUGAGAAAAAAGACCUUGAAGCAGCCAAACCCACAACUCCAACUGAGUCUUGUCUUGAUACCAACACCAAUGCCAAUAAAGACCUAAAUCUUGUGACUUGGAGUGGACCGGAUGAUCCAGAGAACCCAAAGAAUUGGCCAAAAAGUGUGAAGUGGAAGAAUACCUGCGUUAUCUCCCUUUUCGUUUUUAUCUCUCCAGUCUCGUCAUCCAUGAUUGCCCCUGCAAUGGAAGAUCUUGGUAAGGCCCUGGGGAUGCACUCUAGUUUUGAGACAUAUAUGUCUAUGGCUAUAUUUAUCCUCGCAUACGCUAUUGGCCCUAUCGCUUUUGGUCCAUGCUCAGAGCUCUAUGGUCGUGUGCGUCUACUUCAGAUUAGCAACCUGUGGUACCUAGCCUGGAAUUUAGGAUGUGGUUUUGCCCAGACAAAGUCUCAGCUCUUUGCUUUCCGCUUUCUCGCGGGGAUUGGUGGUAGUGCUCCGCUGGCAAUUGGAGGAGGUUCUAUAAGUGACAUGUGGAGCGCUGAAGAGCGUGGCAAGGCCAUGGGUGUCUACACUCUUGGUCCAAUUCUCGGACCUGUUGUCGGGCCUAUUGCGGGUGGCUUUAUUGCCCAGUACUCAACUUGGCGCUGGGUCUUCUGGUCAACCUCUGCAGCCGCUGUUGUGAUCCAAAUUGCUGGGUUUAUCUGGCUGCGUGAGUGUCAUGCGCCAACGAUCCUACGCAGAAGAUACGAUGCUCUCCUCAAGAAAACGGGCAAUAACAAGUUAUAUACCGGAGAAAAGAUAGAGCCGCUUGCUUAUAAGCUUCUACAUGCUUUUCAGAGGCCGGUGAUUCUUUUUACAACACAGCCUAUCGUCUUAUGCAUGGCAAUUUUUCUGGCUUACCUCUUUGGUGUCACAUACCUCUUAGUUGCGACUUUCCCAGAAGUAUGGACAGGGGCUUAUCAUGAAAGUUCCAGCAUUGGCGGACUUAACUACUUAUCUGUUGCCAUUGGGUCGUUCGCCGGCCUCUUCUUCAACCUUAAGCUAGUCGACCGAAUCUAUAAGACCCUCAAGGCGCGGAAUAAUAAUAUUGGAAAGCCCGAGUACCGCAUGCCAUCAUUAGCUGUGGGCUCUAUCAUUACCACUAUUGGUCUCUUUUGGUAUGGAUGGAGUAUUGGAAAUACGCACUGGAUCAUGCCUAACAUUGGGGCGUUGCUUUUCACCGCAGGUACAAUUUCCUGCCUGCAAGGCACGCAGACUUAUAUUGUUGACAGCUACGAAACCCAUGCCGCUAGUGCUAUGGCGGCUUGCGCCAUCUUACGCAGUCUAUGUGGCUUCGGGUUUCCGCUAUUCGCUCCCUACAUGUAUUUGUCUCUAGGCUACGGCUGGGGUACGAGCGUACUAGCAUUCAUUACGAUGGCUAUUGGCUGGUCAGCACCUUUUGUCUUCUAUUUGUAUGGCCCAAAGCUCCGUGCUUUGUCUAGAUAUGCCGCUGGUUAG